UAAAAUGGUCCAAGAAACACCAGUUUUCCCCAAUUGUUAAAGCGUAUCUAACCUGUCAGGUUGUUGUUGAAGCAGUCAGUAAGUGCUCUACUAUCGGUGUUAACAGCAGCAUGUUUCAGAGUUGUCUGCCUGGAGCUCUGCGGUCCUGGAGCAGAAGAGUCUUCAGCACUUCAACGAGACCCAGGUUAGUUUUGGGGAUCGAGACGAGCUGCGAUGAGACCGGGGCGGCGGUGCUGGACGAGACCGGGAGGAUUUUGGGUGAAUCUCUGCAUUCUCAGAAAGAGACACACCUGAAAACGGGUGGAAUUAUCCCAUUAGUGGCCCAACGCCUACACAGAGAAAACAUCUCCAGAGUGGUCCAGGAGGCUCUUAACAGAAGUGCUAUUGAACCCAGUGAACUCACAGCUGUGGCAACAACAGUAAAGCCUGGCCUUGCCCUCAGUCUUGGGAUUGGUUUAGAUUACAGCCUGAAGUUUGUGAGACAACACCAAAAGCCCUUCAUCCCUAUCCAUCAUAUGGAGGCUCAUGCCCUCACCGUGAGAAUGCUGCAUCCAUUAGACUUCCCUUUCCUUGUGCUCCUUGUCUCAGGAGGUCAUUCCCUUCUAGCGUUGGCCAAAGGAAUCGAUGAGUUUCUUCUUCUGGGACAAACUCUAGAUGAAGCAGCCGGGGACACGUUAGAUAAGAUUGCCAGAAGACUUUCUCUCAGGAAUCACCCUGAAUGUGGGACUCUGAGUGGUGGACAAGCCAUCGAGCGACUGGCAAAAGAAGGAGAUCGACUUGCGUUUCACUUCAUUUCACCAAUGGGGCAGAACUACGACUGCAAUUUCUCAUUUGCUGGUUUGCGAACACAGAUCACAGGGGCAAUAAACAAAAAAGAGAAAGAAGAAGGUGUUGAAGCAGGACAGUUUUUAUCUUGUGUAAAAGACAUUGCUGCUGCCUCACAACACACGGUAGCAUCUCACUUGGCCAAACGAACACAUCGAGCCAUUUUGUUCUGCAAAUCCAAAGGUCUUCUGCCAGAGCAGAAUCCGACACUGAUUGUUUCAGGAGGAGUAGCCAGUAAUGAAUACAUCAGACAGAUUCUGAAAAUCAUCACAGAUGCCACUGGGCUGCAUUUACUGUGCCCUCCGUCAAAGUUUUGCACUGAUAAUGGAGUCAUGAUUGCAUGGAAUGGCAUAGAGAGACUAAAGCAGGGAAAGGGAAUCUUGUCCUAUUCUGAAGAAGUCAGCUAUGAACCCAAGGCACCACUUGGACUAGACAUCACCUCAGAAGUUAAAGAAGCUGCCAUCAAAGUUCCUAAAUUAAAACUUAGGACAAACUCUUGACAUGUUGUAGGAACAUGUUCCUACUUAUUAAUAAAUUAUAGCUUGUAUAUGUA